UAUGCCGCUGUUUGGUAAAAAGAAACAUGAAAAAUCAAAUAGAAAAUUAGAACAUAAGUUAUUUUUAGCACGAGAAAAUCCCGAUGGAAACUACGACAUAUCCGAUUGCGAAAUCAACCAUGUUCCAUCCGGGGUGUACCCUUUAUGUAAAGUUUUGCAGAAAGAGGUGCUUCUGGCUCAUUCGAAUUUUAUCAAGUCUUUAGACGGAGGAGGUUCAUUGAAAGAUUUACAAAGACUUAGGAUUUUGGACUUGCAUCAAAAUCGGCUGGUUAAGUUACCAAACGAAAUAUCUUAUCUAACCUCACUACAAAUACUUAACUUAGAGAAUAAUCAACUAAUUGAAUUACCACCAUCGAUAGGAAAACUAUGUUCUCUGCAAACUCUAAAUUUAAAAUCAAACAAACUAAAGCAGUUACCGGACUCGCUCGACGGAUUGGUGAGUCUAAGGCUAAUGGAUAUUCGGGAAAAUGAGUCUAUUGCUCGUUUACCUAAGAUUGUUGCUUAUAUAAAGACUCUUGAGAGUUUAUUGUUAAAUGCCGACAAGUUUGUCUAUCCUCCCCCUGAAAUCUGCGCCAGUGGAACUGAACCUAUUAUGAAAUUUUUAUGCGCCGAAUGCUCAAUAGAAUAUGUACAACCUACGACAGUUUUAUUACCUAUUUUGAAAAAUAGUCACGUUGGCGAAUCGAGUAGUAACGUUAUGAAUGAUGGCUUAACCAAGGUAGACCAAAUUAUUAGAGCCAAAUACAAUGACGCCGACGAGAAAAGGCGACAAAGAAUUGAAUUGGAAAGACAAAUUAAGGAAGAACAAGAAUUGCAUGUUUCUCGAUUUACCAGUUCUGCUUCAGAGAGACGACACUUACUUAGUAGUGUUUUGCAGGAAAAUAAUCAAAUAGAAGAAAAACUAAAUAUGUUGCACGAAACGAAAGAUAAAGAGAGAACCGAUUGGCACAAAAUUUUGGGCGAAGUUGAAAAGCAUUCGGAUGACGUUUUAAACCAACUAAUGGAAAUGGGAGAGAAGUCUAGAAGAAAAGAAAGUCUUCUGGAAGAAUUAGAAAAAGAUAGAAUAGAGAAAGAAAGUUUGUUUCUCGUUCAAAAUGAGGAAUCUGACAAAAUAAGAAGACAUGAAAUAUUAAACUCUAUGACUGAUAUGGUUAGAGAAAACGCAUUAUUGAAAAGUAUAUUAGACAGCAACGUAUCGCAUAGAAGUGCAACCGUCAAUGAAUACUUACAGGAUUCUUCAAACUUUGAUAAUCAACUCAAAAGAUUCUACGAGGAGAAAGAUAACGAUCAAGAUAAAUUCAUUCGUGGGUUGUUAGAGGAGGAAAGUGUACAAAAGAGACUUUUUGGGGUUUUACAACUGCAAAAUGAUACGAGAUAUAACCGUAUAUCACAACAAAUUGAAACCAUUGAAAAGGAACUUUCCGAAUUAUCCUGGUUAGAAAUGAAGCAAAAGGAAAUGAGAACGGAUAAUAUAAUAAACACUUUGGAGUUGAAACGCAAGAAUAUGAUAGACCUCCUUCAGUCGCUAAUCACCGAGAGGGAUAAGCGCAAAAACGAACUCGGACAACGCCUGAUCGAAAUGGAAGAAAGUAAGGAAGACAAUCAAGUGAAUUAUUGGCUUGUACAAUAUCAAAGAUUGUUACAAAGGAAACCGGAAAUAAUAUUGAAUAAAGAACUAGAAAUGGAUCCUCAACUUAUGGAUUUCCUAUUGGAAUGUGGAGCAAGCGAAUACGUGCCUCUAUUAGCACAGAACAAUGUUAGAAAUUUCAACAACCUACUUGGUAUGGGUGAUGCUGACUUGAGAGGGAUCGGUAUAGAAUCGGAAGAAGUCAGAAGAACAAUUCUUAAAUUUUCCCGCCAAUAUCAAUCAAAAGUAAAAGAGAAGGCUAGCGAAAAAACAACGUCUAUCUCGACGAUUCCUGCCCUUCCUAGCGCUCCUCGAUUAAACCAAGUAGUUUCUAGCGAUCCACUACCAUCACAACCAGAAGAAAUAGUUACGAGAAUGACGGCACAAUGUGCUAUUUGUCUGGAUUCUCGGGCCCAAAUUAUAUUCUUAAACUGUGGACAUGUGUGCUGCUGUCAGGCUUGUUCUAAGCCGUUAAUACUUUGUCCAUUGUGCCGUUCGGAUAUCGCCUCAAGGAUUCUUCUUCCUUCUGAAACAUAG